UAUGAGGGCUGCUGUUCCCCCCGAUGUAUAGUUCUUUUGACGGCGAAAUCGCAUCUGUCUUUACACUGAGAAUCACUCCCUGUUUCUUCAAUCUACGCCCGCAUUAAUUGACAUUCAACAUGGGCUCAGUAGGCAAACUCUCCGACCCCCAGGAAUACCAGAAGAUCUUCCAUUGGGCAGACACACAGAAGGACGGUGAAAUUCCCUCCUUUUCCACCCGCCGGAAUGAUCCUUAUGAGUAUCAAGCUGGAUUUGGUAACACAUUUAUCUCCGAGGCUGUGCCGGGAACUAUUCCCCACGGACAGAAUAGUCCUCGAAAUGUGCGCUUUGGCUUGUAUGCAGAGCAAGUAACAGCCACUGCUUUUGUGGCCCCGAGACAUGCGAACAAGAAGGCGUGGCUCUACCGUGCUCGUCCGGCCGUUGCUCAUCAAGGAUUCAAAAACCUUCCAGACAACCCCGACACAGAGGCCACUUUCUUGCCUCUGAACCCGCGGGUUCACGUCUCCCCAACCCAGCUGGCAUGGCAUCCAUUCGAUAUCCCCGCCAGCGAACCGGUGGACUUCGUUACCGGUCUGAAGACCGUCGCUGGAUCUGGAGACCCGACUCUCCGAGAGGGACUCGCAACUCACGUCUACACUGCUAACACUAGCAUGACCCAAAAAGCCUUUGUAAACUCCGACGGUGAGAUGCUCAUCGUCCCCCAGCAGGGAGCCUUGGACAUCCAGACCGAAUUCGGUCCACUUUUCGUCCAACCGGGCGAGAUUGUUGUUAUUCCACGCGGCAUCCGCUUCCGUGUCGAGGUCCCCGAUGGUCCUUCUCGUGGUUACAUCCUCGAAGUCUGGGGCUCUUGCUAUGAACUCCCCGAACUGGGUCCGCUGGGCGCCAACGGUCUAGCCAAUUCGCGGGACUUCCUAGCCCCAAUAGCCAAGUAUGAAAUUCGUCAAGAGGCGUGGGAAGUCGUAUACAAGCUCGGAGGCAAGUUCUUUGCCAGCACGCAGAACCACAGCCCAUUUGACGUUGUGGCCUGGCAUGGUAACUAUGUACGUUCUCGUUCAAAUAUAACAGCCUUCGUGCGAUUGACGCUAACGAUCGCAAACAAGGUUCCCUACAAAUACGACUUGACGAAAUUCGUCAAUGUCGGCUCUAUCUCAGUCGACCAUAUUGAUCCCUCCAUCUUCUGCGUUCUGACCGCAAAAUCCCGGGACCCUACUGCCCCUCUUGCCGAUUUCCUCAUCUUCUCCCCUAGGUGGGACGUCGCAUCCAACACCUACCGUCCGCCAUAUUACCACCGCAACGCCGCCUCAGAGCUAAUGGGUCUCAUCUACGGCGACUACGGCGGCCGCUCCGACGCCUUCAAGCCAGGAAGUAUCUCUUUCGAAUGUGGCAUGGUCCCCCACGGCGUUGCCUACGAAGAAUUCAAAGCCGCAUGCGAGGCCCCCCCACCGGUCAUGCGCAUCUCGGAGGCCUCCAUCGCAAUCAUGUUCGAGUCUUCCCGGGCCUUCACCAUCAGCGACUACGCGUGGAACAGCGAGAAGCGGCACGAGCAUGAACCUGCCAUGUGGGAUAAUCUAGUGGACAACUUCUCGAAGCACAAGGACGAGGUGGAGGCGCUUUUGGCGAAGAAGGCGCAGGGUCUGAGGGUUUGAGUCGAGACGGGAUAUUUAUUGGUAUGAGCUAUGAUGUAGCCAUGUGUAUCUGUUUUUAUCGUGCGGGGUUAAGCGAUUAUGUGUUUAUUUUUCGAUAUUAGUUGUUGUCUGUAGAGGUGCAUGAGUGUAUAACAAUACAUGUAUCUUUGAAUGAUGUGAUGGUCAACUUCUUCUUGCGCGUAGUGUGUGGUGUAAUUCUUGCGGUGGGUAGACAUGGAGGGGCUGGUUUGGACGCUAAGGUAUUUUAGUUGAGGAUUAUUCUGGAGUCUGCUCUUUUCGGGUUAGAGCUCAGCGUAGGUACU